AUGUCGUCUUCGGUGUCGGCUGGCAUCUCGUCUUCUGAGUUCGAUAAGCUGUGUUAUGAAUUUGAGGGCGCACUCAUCCUCGACGACUCGGGGGACAUCAACUGUGAUGCUGAAGCCAGUUACUUUGGCCCGACAAGCGGGCGCCUCGAGCUGCCCGUCGCUCAGGACGAGCCAGAACAACUCGUCAAGACACCAGCAAAGCCGUUCGUCAGGGAUAUCUCAAUGAUGAACGCCUACAUCGUCGACGACUCUCUCAUGCAGUUUCAGGAUCUUUACCUGCCAGUGCAACCGUCCCCCAGCAUUACCCCACCAUCACUCACCAGCCGUUCCCCUGCAGCGCCGACGCCAGAGACCUUGACGUCUGAUGAGCUUCAGUCCCACCUGGUCGAUCUUUAUUUUGCGUGGGACAACCCCUGGCACAACAUUCUGAACGAGGGCCGGUUUCGUUACGCCAUGAAGCACAACACCAAGUGCUUUAGCCUCUUACUCUUGAACUCUGUGCUCGCUAUGGGGUCUCGGUACUCGGAUCGGAUUGAUGUUCGCUCGGAUCCGGCGGACGGGAACACGGCUGGUCAACCCUACCUGGAGGUGGCUGAAAAGUUGAUCCAGAAAGAACUGCACCACCCUCGGAUGGCCACGGUCCAAUCAUUAGCAAUCAUGGGGGUGCUUUACGCUGCCAUGGGGAGAGAUGCCUGUGGCUAUCUGCACCAAGGCAUGGCCAACCGCCUCGCUCUCGACAUGGGUCUCAACAUCGACCCGAUCACACUGACGGGUUCACAAAUCAUGUCAGAUGAGGAUGCACAUUGCCGGAGACAACUAUACUGGGCGCUUUAUUGUUUGGAUAAGCAGUCCGCCAUAUAUACGGGACGUGUUUGCACCAUGCUGGACUCUCAAGCCUGUGUGAACUACCCCUCCGGGCCAGAAUUGGAGACUUCCCUACCAAACCUCAAAGAGCCAGCCUUCAAAUCUCAUACUCCUUUGCUACGAGCUCUCAGUACAUUGUCGCAGAUGCUGGAGAAAGUCUUGCUGCACCUGUACUCGCCAAGAAGGUCGAACCAACAACCGAAACGAAUCGCAUUCUUCGACUGUUCCCGUUUGGCAAUGAGAACAUGGUACUACGCUCUACCGGCUGAGCUCAAGGUCGAACGCACCGGCAACAAUAACUACCCGGCAGCAUACAUGCUCGGGAUGCUCUACCACACUUCCGUCAUCCUCCUUGCCAAACCUUUCUUGAAAGCCCUCGACAGUACCAAUCCCACCACUGACAACUUCCAAGCCAACACCUCGUCUCCGUCGCCUCAACUGUCGGACCAAGAGCGCGAAGCAAUGCAUUUGAAAGCGAAAGUCAUCUGCGACGAAGCUGCCAGAGAAAUCUGCGUUCUUGGAGCCAAGUAUCGCAAGGUUUUUGGUAGCUUCCGAAAAUGCCCGCCUACCGCGAACCACAGCAUCCUCCAGGCCGCGCUCGUGACGCUGCAGAUUCACACUCUGGCCGAUGACCAGGCAAACAAGAGGGGCAAGUUGUCGCUCGAAAACUAUCUUAAAACUCUCAAGGAGCUCUCGCAGUCAUGGAGUCCUCCAAGGCGAUAUUGGUCAAGCGUCUCGCGGCUUGUACAGGCUCGGCUGAGCGCGGCCACGGGCGGGGCAUCCACCGCUCUCCCACACGCAACAGAAGACGCGAACGCUACACAACACGGCGAGCGCAUACCCGGGAAUGAGUUCAUGGCUGCGCAUGAGCCAUCCUACAACGGCGAUGAUGCGGAAAUGAUACAGAGCUGGAUAGGUGCAUUUUAUGAGGAGGGUGGUUUCGAGGCGUACCUGAAUAGUGGAUCUGGCGACACCGCGGAUGACCACCACAUGUUCAUGGACGUCUUGCACGAGAUGGGUCGCGAAUCAAACACGACUGAUUCUUCAAGAGACAACCAUCUAUAA